UUGUCCUGUUUCCAUCUUCCAUCAUAAUAAUGUGGGACUACUAAUCCUGAAUUUUCGAAGUUUCUUGUCCGCAGCUCGGGAAUCUAUCCUUCCAGCUCUGUUUGAUUACUUAUUUUUUGUGCUAGUCGGUAGUUUUCCUAAUACAAUUGUGUCAGUUCGAACAGCAAGAAUGGCAGUCCCGAUUGAAACUAUCGACCUAGUAGCGGACGGCGAUGACGAUGUUGUGGUUUUGCCCUCGGACAUUCCCGAUAACCGAUCAGCAGAAGCUCGAAAAGAGCAAGGGAACAAUCAGUUCAAGCGGAAGAAAUAUGACAAAGCUUUAAUUCACUACAAUGAAGCUAUAAAACUCUGCCCUGAAGCUGCUUGUUACUAUGGAAACAGAGCUGCCUGUUACCUCAUGAUGGGCCAGUACAAGAGAGCACUAGAGGAUUCUAAAAAGUCGGUCGACCUUGACUCCAAAUUUGUGAAGGGUUAUCUUCGGUUGGUUAAGUGCUACAUAGCUCUCGGUGAUACUGCUUCUGCUGAGAAAACAUUGCGACAGGCAGAAGAAAUAGAACCAGCCAAUGCAGCCAUCAAAACAGAGAGAAACAACUUAAAUACCUUACUCAACUUCAUUCAAGAAGCAGACAAAGCUCUUAAGAAAAAUGAUUACAGAACAGUGGUGUACAAUGUGGACAGAGCACUGUUACAAGCGACACACUCUACUUCUUUGAAACUACUCAAAGCUGAAUGCUUAGCAUACUUGAACCGUACAGGGGAAGCCCAAGAACUUGCAAACGAUGCUGUGAACCAGGAUAAACAGAAUGCUGAUGCUAUUUUUGUUCUUGGUCUUUGUCAGUAUUACCAGAACAACAUCGACCGAGCUUUGCCAUAUUUUCAGCAUGUUCUGCGAUUGGCACCCGAUCACCAGAAAUCCAAAGAUAUGUAUAAGAAAGCCAAGCUACUCCAAAAAUUGAAAGAAGAUGGAAACAAUUCUUACAAAUCCGGUAAACUACCAGAAGCCCUCAAAGCAUACACAGAUGCGCUUGCAGUGGACCCACUGUUCAACACUGCCAACGCUGUACUUUACUCCAACAGAGCAGCUGUUAGUCAAAAAUUAGGCAAGCUUGAAGAUGCUAUCGCAGACUGUACCCAAGCAUUGAAGCUGGAUGAGACAUACCUGAAACCUUUACUGAGGAGAGCUCAAUGUUAUCAAGGACUAAACGAACAUGAAAAGGCUGUUGCUGAUUUUGAAAAAGCCUACAAACAGGAGAAAACUAGAGAAAACAGAAAUUUGUAUGAAGAUGCAAAAUUAACACUGAAAAAAUCAAAGAGAAAAGACUACUAUAAAAUUCUUGGUAUUGACAAAAAUGCAUCGACGGAUGAAAUCAAAAAGGCGUACCGAAAGAGAGCACUUGUCCACCAUCCAGACCGACAUGCAAAUGCUUCAGAGAAUGAGAAGAAAGAACAAGAGAAAAAGUUCAAAGAAGUCGGUGAGGCAUACGGUAUCUUAUCUGACCCUACCAAAAGGAUGCGCUAUGACAGUGGGCAGGAUUUGGAUGAUGCUUGUAGUCCAACCAAUAUAGACCCGACACAAAUGUUCCAGACUUUCUAUGGCGGAGACAGACACAAUUUUAGUUUUCACAGCAAUGCUUUCCCAUCUGAUUUUACCUUCUAUUUCAAGUAGUUAUGUUUUUCAAAAAAAAAUUGCAAAUUUUUCAUUCAAGGGAUUAUUCUUUCCAGACUUUGUUUACUUUAAUUUUAAUUCCUCAUUUUUUGUCUACUUUUCCUUUUGAAUUCGCUAUUAUAUUAUAUUGGUUCUUCAGUUAAGGGCUAUAAAUUUAAUUACGAAAUUUCCCUGUUCAUUCCCCUUGUUUUGGUGGGCAAUCCUUUUUCUUUACCUAUGUGUAAGAUUACUGCCUGACUAUUUAAAUUGUAUUACUUUUUUCUUUUUUCCUUUGUCCUUCAAUAUCUCCUCUUCUAUUUUGUAUCUCUAUACCUGGUAAGAUUAUGUGCUAACAAUUGAAAUUUUUGUAUUUUUUACUGAUACUUCUAGUUUUUAGUUAACGUCUGUGAUUCACAUUUCUCAUUUUUGAUUUUUCAAUCAGAAUUUGCAGUAUCCCAAGAUUUUUUCCUGCCACUAAAAUAAAGUGCGAGAAAAGUUUUGAUCUAAGUUUGAUGCUGUCUUGCUGUAGACAUCUUCUCAUCGAACAAAAUUAUCCAGAAAAACCGAUAUCAGUUGAAGGAGUGCCUCACGAACGCAAGAAUUGGGACUAAAAGUAAACUUAUUAUUUUGAAACAAUUCCAAUUAAAGUGUAGUAGUUUUUAUUUUAAAUACAUUUCUAAGUUAUCACUUCAACGAAUGAUGGAAUGUAAGACAUUAUCCUCAUCACUUUCCAGAAGAUGAAUCGAAAUAUUUUUAGAUGUGUGGUGCUGAGAAAAAUGUUUAUUUUUUCUUUUUGAAACUGCUAAAUUAAAUCAAUGACUGAACUUCAAAACCACUUUUCAAAUUUCAAUGUUUCAAAAUUUCUGCUUAUACUUGAUGAUUUUUUUUAGAAGGAAAAAAAUUGUGACAACAGCCUGAUAUUUUUACAGGAUAUCUAUGAAAUGGUCCAGAAAAAUGAGUAAACCUUUUCAUGCAUUCAAUAUCGAAUUUUCUUUCUUUCCAUUGAUGAAAAAUGCUUUAAAAUUUUGAAUUAUUCAUCUGCGGUACCUCUUUUUGGAUUUUAGUUGUUAGGGUAAAUCUUCUGAUCUCUCCACGUCUUUUCUUAAUAUUCUCCAAGUAUAUCUCCAUCAUCUGAUCAUAGCCCAGCUUGAAAUAUCGAUAAAAUUUGUCUUUGGAAGAGUUAUUCAAUAUUGUAAACUAUCUUAUAUCUGUAGUGUAAACUUUUCUAAAUAGCACUGAAUAACGUUCUAAAAAAGAAAAGAUAAAAAAUUCAGAGAAUAACCCUGCAUCUAAUGAAGCCUAUAUUUCAUUUAAGAAAAUUCCAAAAGUUUCUAUACCUCGAUGGUUUCAAAAAAAUUUCCAACUGCAUUUGGUUAAGAUAAUUUUUUACUUUCUAGUAUUUAUUUGGUAGUGUAGGCCAAUCGUAUACUGUGAAGUUAUUGUUAGAAAGGAGUUUAGGCUUGCUCUAUUUUAGCAAAAACUUUCUGGUCUUAGGUGAUGUAACCAGUUCUGAUUUUCGGCAUGUUUGUCUGAGAACCUCUUUUUAUCUCAUUAGGCUUAUUUCUUUGCUCAUCGUGUAAUCAGACAAACAGAUGUUUGCUUCGUUCUCUCCUGCUGAGUUGUUUUCUCUGUUCUGUUUCUUUUAAGGAGUGAGUUUAACAUUUCUUUUUAGAUGUGAAUCAUGGAUAAGACCAUUCUGUUAUUCAAUCUAUAAUGUAAUUAAAAAAGGCUACUAUCUAAUAAAAUUAUGGAACAUGAGAAAAA